CAUGAAUAUGUUAUUCCGAUUUCCAUUCCAUUCUGAUUUUGUCUGGGUCUUGUCUCUGUUGGGGAUUUCUGUUGCAGGUCAAGAUAGUUGCCACACGUACUUCACGUCAAGUCAAAAUCUUUUGAAAACUGUUUAGCAAUGAAGAUCGCAUUAUUCGCUGCCUUUUUUAUUACCCUUGCACUCAGAGCAUUGUGUGAAGACUGUAGCAACUGCUCAACCACCUCACCGUCCACYACGKCACACRUGACCACGACACACGUGACCACAACAAGUGUCAAGGCCACUCCCAGUAGCACAAUCCAAGUCGUACAAACAUCAMAAMAUGAGAAAACCACAACAGYAGUACCGACCACAACAACCAYCAGUGCUGUUACAACAAGCAACGUUGAUGCUGCCGCCGCCAGCACAACUCCAACUCAAGGCCUGAUGACAUCGAUCACAACACCUACAACGACUACAAAGCCAGAAGCUACCACAAAAAAUCCAAGCCCAUCUAAAAUGGCUCCAAGUGCCUCUGCUUCUCCAACUUCAGGCAUGAGUGCAGGGACGAACCAUACAAAGACUACUUCAAAGCCRGUAGCCCCCACGGGAAAAGCUGGAUACCUCGCAGUGGCUGAUGGGAUAGUGAUAAUAGCAUUGGUAGCCGCCAUCUUUGGCAAAGUCGCGUAGGAAUGAGAACUAAAAGAAGCAAUUGUUUAUWACCAAGGCUUUUUAACUAGCGUAAUUAAUAUUUUCACCAGUGUCUUGGACCAUCAACGACUAAAAUCAGUGAUUCGUUGGAAAAGUUAAUUGAUAUGAAAUUGAGCGUUUGAAUGCAGCUUUAGAUAAAAAAUCAGGCAUUGCUUUAAGUACAUAUUGAAUUAUGCAGAACAAGCAACAAACGAAAACUUAUAAAUUUAUCUUGUAAAAUGUUAACCAUGUCAUUCCAGUUMAGGCCUUCAAAUUAUAAGCAUGAUUUUUGAUUUUUACUGUAAUAGCCGUCACCUUGAAUUGUUAAACUUGRAACUUGCAAGAGCGCAACUUAAUAUUUAACUGUAAAAAAGUACUUUUUUAGGUCAGAAAAGUUCAAAACCUAAAAACUUGAAAUGGUACUAGCCAAGUAGUGUUGAAAUAGUGCUAAAUAGCGGUGAUUAGAUAUCGUUGGUUUUUACUAAAAAAGWGUACGUCGGAUAAAUGUACGUCUUUAUAACUAUAAUUAUUAUAUUGAAACAUUCAAUUUUGAAUAAUGGUUAAAUGCCCAUGACAAUUCAUAAUUUAUGCCUCGUAUUAGCAUAAAUCAUUGAAUUCAAGAUGGCGACAAUUGUAAUCCCUGAGACAGGCUAGUAACGAGGUCUUGGGAUCAGAGAUCAGCGUCAUUUUUUGGACUAUUCUGGGAUCAGGAUUUAGGCCCAGGAUCCGGAUCAAAUGGAUUUAACCUGGGAUCAAAGGCUUUUCAACUGGGAUCGGGAUCAAUGAGUUUUUUCAACGAUUCUGUAAGGGGAUCAGGGCUCAAAAUGUACGGAGUUUUGGGAUCGGGAUCACGUUUUUAGGCCGUUUUGAUCCGGAUYAACAGCAAAAAAAUAUACCUCGUUACUAGCCUGCUGAGAGAAUGAAAUUUUACAAGUAAUAACGUAUCCUUCACUAGGUUUAAUGUAAUUAAGCAAACAAAACUGGUCGACCAUGUUUUUGUUACAAYGGAACCUCAUCUUAUACGGCCACCCCGUCAUGACGGCCAAGUUUUCAGGACACCGCAAACUAAAUCCACAUACUUUUCUGCCCGAUUAAUACGGCAACAUUUCGGUAUCUCUUCGGUGACCGGGUUAACGAGGUUCUACUGUAAGUAAUGCAUAACCUCAUCAAGUUAUUGAGGACAAYAAAAUGUCGAACAAGAACUCACUGCAGAGCAGAUUUUUCAAAAGUUCAAAUAUAAUGAUCAAAUGGAAAGUUUUUGUUGCGUUGACAAUACAAAGUUUUAUUUAUUGUAAAAAUCAGUAAUUGUAUCRACGAAUUUGUCGAAUCACACGAAUUAUGAUAAAAUAAAUUAUCUAUAACACAC